GCCAAGAAGCAGCCACAUAUCAAAAAUCAUGGCGCUAUGCGUGAGGUGGCAUGUGCGAGAUGUUGUCUUACUACUUUGUUUUGUACUAGCCUGCUGUCUUCAAAUUGAAACUAAGAAGGUAAGCGGACGAGACCUCAUCGAGGACGUUGUUGACAUAAAGCAGCACAAGAAGCUUCUUCGCACAAAGAAGAAUGUUCUUAUCCUAUAUACGAAAAACGCUAAGGAAGCUACUGAGCCACUACGAAUAUGCAGCGAUGUUGCAUUGGAACUCAAAGGCCAAGCCACUUUGGCACAUGUUGACUGCUCAGGGGAGGGAAAGAAGCUUUGCAAAAAGCUUAAGGUAGCACCUGAACCGGCAGUUUUGAAACACUACAAGGAUGGCGAAUUUCACAAGGACUAUGACCGGAAGCUGACAGUCACGUCCAUGUCUAACUUCCUAAAAGACCCCACGGGCGACAUACCUUGGGAGGAGGAAGAAGACAGUGCUGAUGUCUAUCACAUUGCUACGAUUGAGGAACUGAAAAGGCUAUUCCAGAAAGAAACGUCACCUGUUCUCAUCAUGUUCUAUGCUCCUUGGUGUUCAUUCUGCAAGAGACUCAAACCAGACUAUGCAAAGGCUGCUACAGAACUCAAGGGUCACUCGGUACUGGCUGCGAUGGACUUGAACAGGCCUGAAAACACAGCUAUUCGUCGACACUACAACAUCACUGGUUUCCCAACGCUUCUGUAUUUUGUGUCUGGAACCUUAAAGCAUCGCUAUGAAGGUGAUAACAACAAGGAUGCCAUUGUUAAGUUCAUGAAAAAUCCACAGCAGCAACCCAAGAAGCAAAAAGAACAAGCUUGGUCAGAUGAGCCCAGUGAUGUUGUUCACUUGACUGAGGAGACAUUCGAGCCAACGCUGCAAAAGAAUCCUUCUGUUCUUGUCAUGUUCUAUGCACCCUGGUGUGGCCACUGCAAGAAGAUGAAACCAGAAUAUGUCUCAGCAGCAGCUACUCUUAAAAGUGAAGGGGUGGCUGGCAUCCUGGCUGCUGUUGAUGCUACCAAAGAAAGAUCACUCGGCUCCCAUUUUAACGUUAGUGGCUACCCAACUGUCAAGUACUUUGAAAACGGUGUCUUUGCCUACGAUGUUAACCUGAGGGUGGCUUCAAAGAUUGUGGAAUUCAUGAAAGAUCCCAAGGAGCCUCCGCCGCCUCCUCCCCCCGAGCAGCCGUGGAGCCAGGUGAAGAGUGAGGUCGUCCACCUCGACGAGGAAACAUUCAAGCCAUUCUUAAAGCGCAAGAAGCAUGCCCUGGUUAUGUUCUAUGCACCAUGGUGUGUUCACUGUAAGAGAGCCAAGCCUGAAUUCCAGGCAGCAGCAGAGGAGCUUAAAGAUGACCCUAAGGUGGCUCUUGCAGCAGUGGACUGCACAGAGCACAGUGGUGUCUGCAAUGCCUACGAUGUUGCUGGCUAUCCUACAUUCAAGUACUUCAGCUAUCUCAAGACAGUAUCUGAGUAUCACAAGGGAAAGACGACAGCAGAUUUUGUGAGCUUCAUUCGAGACCAGAGCGGCACAUCAGCCGCACCCACGCCUGCAGCCACAUCACCUACAACACCGAAACCAAAGCCAAAGUCUUGGUGGGAUGACUUGCCUGGAAGCAACCAUGUCCAUUUGCUAAAAUCGGGAGACUUUCAGUCGUACCUUGACAGCCAAGAAUCUGUGUUGGUGAUGUUUUACGCCCCAUGGUGCAAGUUUAGUCAAGAACUGAAGCCUACUUUUGCUGCAGCUGCUUUACGGUUGUACACCGAGCAAGUACCAGGCAAGCUAGCAGCAGUUGACGCAUCAGAAGAGAAGACCCUCGCUUCCAAGUGGAAAGUAAACAGCCUUCCCGCACUCAAGUAUUACAGGCAAGGAAAGUUUGUUGCCGACUAUGACAAAGGAAAGAACACCGUUGAGGACCUGGUUGCAUAUCUUAAGAGUCCUCCAGUUGCAGCCAAGAAAACCGAGCUAUGAGAUGACACUGCGUCAACGUCGCCUGUCAUAACUUUGGCCAGGCUGUCUAAAGCUCAGUGCUGCAGCAACAUUUCCUGUUCUCAUCCGCGCCUUGUAUCAUCCAGGAGGCCAUGUUUGUCACGUACAGAAGGUGUCUUGGAGGUUCGUACAAAAAUGCAAGUUAAUUCUGGCAGAAAUGCAGUUUUAAGCUGAAAAUAUCUGUUGAAUGCCUCUGCAUCUUGUACCCUGAGAAUACGAAACCUGUCAGAAAAUUUAGAUUUGUUACCACGCUAGUGGUUUGUCUGUUACCUCUAGGCAUUGGCUGUUUAAUACAUAAGCUAACUCGUACUCAAGUAUGUAUUGUACAUUUUGAGCAGCACUUUUGUGUGAUAGCAACAACCAUCAUCACCCUGAAAUUCGCUUAGCUGCAACUUUUUUGAGAGCUUUGCAUUGAAUGAAGUGAUUUGGAAUUUGUCACUCACGUAGCAUAGAAAAAUACAGCACAGUGGGUGUAUAACUUUCUGUAUGUGUGAAGUGCUCAUCAUUCAUUCAGGAGGCCUUUAAUGGUUGUGCACAAGUGCAACUAACUCAUGUUUGAGGCCCCUGGUUCACCUAAUUGCUUGUCAGCAGGUAUUAUUUCAGCCUAGUUUAACUGCAUAUAUGUCAUCAUUUUUACGCAAGCACGAAUUGAAUCGGUGCAAGAGAAUAACUGCAAGGGACUAGUAAAUCAAGUUGUUACAGCGUACUUAAAGCUAAAAGGAAGUGGUAGGGAUGCAGCUGAGCACGUCUUUUUGUUAAUGUCAGUCCUUAAUUCUUAUUUUACUUUAGUUCACUUGUGCCUACUACAGCAAAUAGGCUUUAUGCAUAUUUAUUGCUUGGAAAUAACUGUCCUUGCAUGAUAACUGGAAGCAUUUCCUGUGGUGUAGUAAACUUAAUAUUUUCAAUGAAGGCGCAUGCAUCUUUGCCCAGUGUCAUGGCUGUUGAUAUACAGUAUUCUCCUCCGAUCAAACUUACAGUGUAUUUGGGGCAGUGCUCGCUUACAGGAAAUGCAUUUGCAUGGGCUUGGGUAACCAAUGAUCUCUUUGUCUGUUACCUCAGCAGAACUAUACAUAACUAGGCUUAAAGCAAGCAAGCCUUUCUCUUCUGGAAAAAAAAAUAAUUGAGAAGUAUAGCAUGAACCUAGUGCUUGACAAUUGUCAGGGAACCUAUGUAGAGCUGUUUCACGAUGCAGUGCAGAUUGAAAGUCCGCACGAAGCUGGAACUGCAGACUUCUACUGAGUGGCCUGAUAAAAAAAGCUAAAUGCUGCCAAAUCGCACAUCUUUUAAGUUCCAUACUAUGCAGUCUGUCAAAUUCAAGUCAGUAUAUUUUUCCUGCAAGGAUAGCCCCAGUUUGAAGUGCCAAAUAUUGGUUAGCAGUGCCAGUACUACGUAUUAGAAGCCAGUGGCACGUAAGUUGUAUUCCUAACCCACUACAUGGAAACAGCUCCAUCACAUCAUCGCGUAUAUCUGUGAGGCAGUAGAUACGCAUACUUCUUCACAGUGACCAUCAUUGGGUGCUCUCGCCAUGGCAUAUAUCAUGGCUGCUCAUGGUUCAGUAAUGGUGCUGUAAUGCAUUGUGGUUUAAGAUUGCAUGGUGUGUCUUAGAAAUGAUUUCAUUCGUGCAUGUUCCUGUCUGCAUUUCAGCGUGCAUUCCAGUAAGCUGGUUUCUCUUGUCACUUUGUUUUUUCUGCUUCUCAUUUGGUGUUGAGCAGCUUGUUCAUGUCUUGCCACAUUUAAUUCAGUGCAGUACCAGGCACACAAUGGCACCUGUUUUCAAUUGCACAUGUCUGUAGCAAUGUUUUUGCUCUUUCGGUGCUGUAAUGUCCAAAUGCAGUUUGUUUGGAUGAUCAAAAUAUUUUAUUUUCAUAAGAUGUUCCUCUCUUCUUUUUCUGCAAUGUUUCUCCAUGUUCUCUCUUUCAUACGUUUUUCAAAGGUGUCCAUCAUCUGGCAAGACCUUUAUGCUUGCCCAAAGUUAGCUUCUCUCCUUUAGUUGGCAUCUACCAGGGGCGUAGCAGGGGGGGGGGGUCAAACCUUCCCCCUAUCGAAAUUUUUCAAUUUUGCUUGCGUGUAUAUACACGCACACAUACAAAUGCACGCACGAGCAUACAUAAAGUAUGGUUGAACCCUCCCCUAAAAAAAUUUCUGGCUACACCCCUGGCGUCUACCAUUCACAAAGAAUACACGCACACACGAGCAGCCAGACUCGUGUAUUUGUGGUUUGAGGCUUAUUUCAAUGUUUGCAGACAUAUCAAAUGAAAUCAUUGAUAAAGUUGCCCUAAUUAGAACGUGGUUUUUCUGAUUUAUAUUAAAACGUCAAAGCAGAAAUGUUUGUGUCAUUUUUAAUGCAUAUUGAAGGGCCCCUCACCCAGCCCUGUUGUAAAAUUUUGAUUACACAUUGGGACUUGCGAGGUGCUGUCUGUGUGGGUGUUGUCUCAAUAUCUUCUUAAAAUCUAUUCAUCAUUGGACUAAAAGAAAUAAACUGCGCUGUUGACCUGCCUUCAGGAGGCUAGCAUCCACGAGCACUGCACUCUCUGGACUGCCGUAGUCGAGGGAGCAUGUGAUGUUCACGUACAUGGCAAGCCCCACCGCUCUUUUUUUUUCUUCUCUUUAUGUUUUCGCUUUGCAAUGCAUGCAUUGUGGGCUCCCCCAUUGAAUGAAGAACGGAAUUCACGGGCUGCCUCCUUUGAGAAGGAUGGUGCACAACCUCUUGCUUUAAAUUUACACUGUUUUUGCAAAAUGUGAUGCAUCACAUUUUGCAGGCACAAUCGCAACCAACCCGUCAGCAUGCCACGCUUGUUUACUCGCAAUGCCCGAACCUGGUGAGGGGCCCUUUAAGACAAGAUGCCAUAACAUUGGUCACGUGGAUUCAAUUAUGUGUGCAAACUGGCGAUGUUGCUCGUGAGCCUAGACAGGGUGGCAGACUGUGUAGAAGCUUUUAGCAAUGGUUGAUGCUCCGCUAUCAACCGAUUUUGGCUGUUGCAAACAGGCCAUCAUUCAUGUUGUAGCUGAAUGUUAGCGGUUAUGAAUAUGUAGUACAUGAAGAGUUAGGUUAGAAAAUAGUUAGGCAGCCUUGUUAGUCUUCCAAAUCAGUAGUGCAGAUUUGAAUCUGCAGUUCUUUAUAAUUUUAAUAUUAAAAAAAAAAAAGAAACUUAUUCUCCUGUAAUACACAAGUAUGAUACUAAACUAUGAUACUGCUUAAAUUGAAAAAGCUGCCCAGGCAGCCUCUCCCAACGAAAGUAUAAUACUCCUUUUUUAUUUGUGUGUAAUAUCUUUGUGGAUAGUGUUUUCUGAAACUUGCUUUCUUCUUAAUGUAGUUGUAUGUGUGGUGCAACUAUUAGCCGGUGUCUUGUGCCUGUCUGUGUUUCACUUGCUGCGUUGGAAGGAGAGUGUUGUUGCUUACAAUGCUGGCUUUACGUGAAGCCUGUAUAAGUGGACAUUGUAAAUGCAAAGUAUGUCUCACAUGCAGUGUACUUGUGAUGUUAUGAAACCAGUGCCUUCUACUCAAUCAUUUCAGUAGAUGUCAGUGUAAUGCAGGUAAGCAGUGGCAAUGUGAAAGAAUUCCUAGGCAGCCCCUGGCUAUAUUUCUUGGAUGUCCUUCGUGCUUUGCUCAGCCACAAUAGUAUGAAAUGUGUGUCAAUUGCUGCGUUGUUGUGGAAACUGGCUUAUCAAGUUGUUUAGUGUGUCGACAGCUGUCUUCAAUCCCCGUGUUUUCUGCAGUCGUUGUGCAGGAGGCAACAUUGAAAAAAAAGGGGGGGGUAGCGUUAAAAAAAUGUUGCUCAUCUGCUGGUAACCAGCAUCUUCAAAGCAUUCAGGAAGUCUUUCUAGGUUUCUGACCUUGUGGUUGUACACCGUACUGUGUGAACAAAUUUGUUUGCAGUUGGUUAUCAUUGCUGUAUAAGACCUGUUUAUAUAUCACCUUAUGUUAUGGAAUCGUUUAUCAUUGGUACCCUCGUAUGUCACCACUAAACGACAUUCAUGACGUGUCCAAGAGUUUACUGCAGUGAAGCUAACUCAACGUGUUCUUAUGACUUCGGUUUUGCUAGGCAUAAAUGUUUUACUCCUUCUGCUGCUGCACAAAUUGAUGCCCCAUUUGUUAUGUGUGCUUUGUAGAAUGCUUGUUGGGUAGUUUUAUCUGCCUAAGUCUACGCUUCCGAUUUUUUAUCACUGGGUUAACUGCUGUUGUUUCAAAAUUUUUGUUUGUGAAGUUUUCAAGGAUUGUGUGAGUACAUUUUCACUAUGAAUGCAUCAAAAUGCUGUUCUUACCCUGUAUUUUGCCACUGCAGGGUUUCAAACCAUGAGGGCUUUAAUAAAGUUUACAAAUUUAUGA